AUGUCGUUCUUUUUCCUGUUGCUAAUUAUAUGCAUUAUCGGUGCCGUAGGCUACUUUGUUGUAAAGGAUGAUGUAAUUGUCACCGCAAAACCUAUGGAUCCAACACCAGAAGCUAAUGCAAGUUCUUUAAUUCUGACACCAUCAUCAACCUCAACGGACACACAGGGAGUGGAAGAGAGUAAAAGUGGUUCCAAAAAAAAGAAAAAGAAAGGUAGUAAACGGAAGAAACAGAAGAAACAGUGA